AGCUUUGUCAAACAUGUCAAAUAUGCUCAUCCUGUCAUCUGUCGUUACUUUUUAGUAGUUGUGUUUUUGUUUUAGUUGAUUUAGGGCUACGGCAUUUACCUCUCCCCAAAUGGAAAUCAGGUAAAUAUAUAUGAUGCCCUUGAAAGAUGUGCAAACUCAAAAGUCCUACAAAUACUUGCAGGAAGUUGAAACGGUGGCACAAGACAUACUAACACUCAAAGAGGAAAAGUUGUCGAUCGCAAAUACUCAAAACAAACUAAGGGAAGCUUUAACUGCUUUAAAGUACGUAGACGAUAGGCAAACUUGGGUAGAAAUCGGAUCCAUAUACAUACAACUACCAACCGAAGAGGCCAAGUAUCUAUUGCAAGAUGAAAUUAGGAAAGCAGAGGACGAUUUGAAGGAUUUACAAAAUAAAAUUCGAUCGAAGUCACAGGAUCUUAGAGAUUUAGAACACCAACCUAGAAUAGAGGGACUAACGUUAAAACCUAUAUCUAAUAUUGAAGCUAAAGCUCUGAACAAGGCAUUUGGAUUUAGUUAAGUAAAUCGACAGUAUUCUAAGGGAAUAUUUGAAUUGCAAAUUGCCGCUGAAUAUAGUGGUGGAAUUUUGUAUAUUUAAAAUCCAAUCCAUCUAAUUUGUCGAGUUGCAUAAAAAUGCCCAGUGCCUCUUUUAUGGCGUCCAGGUCGUAUGUGAGGAGAUCCAGACGGAAAGGGGCCAACAGGAUACCUACACCAUCUAGAACAACUUCAGCGGAACCAUGUGAGCCUCGUGUCCAAUACAACCGAACCAGAACAUUCCAGCAUCUUUUCAGGCUUUUCCUCAUUUACCAAGUGUUAGUAGCACAAGCAGUGGAGGUGGUGGAGCAGUACCCGCUCAUCAUUCCCCAUAUGAUUUACGGAGGAAGUCGCCAUCCCAUCACGAUGGUCCAGGACCCAGUACUAGCGCAGCUACCGCAGGCUCUCCUACUUCUCCUGCUACUCCAACGAUCCCCGCUCAAGGAUAUACUUCAGUUAUGCUGCCCGCUAGAAAGAGGCCCAGAAGAACUUGCUCCGCAUCAUAUGAGAAUUGCACUAACACAGCUGCUCAUUACUUGCAGUACGAGCUUCCAGAUGAAGUUUUGCUCACUAUUUUUAACUAUUUAUUAGAGCAAGACUUGUGUCGCGUUAGUCAGGUGUGUAAGAGAUUUCAAGCUAUUGCAAACGACACCGAGAUUUGGAAACGUUUGUAUCAAAGUGUAUAUGAAUACGAUUUGCCAUUAUUUAAUCCGGCUCCGUGUCGUUUCGAAUUUAUAAGUCCAGAAGAAUCAGAUUUGGCUAAUCCUUGGAAGGAAUCCUUUAGACAGUUAUACAGGGGAAUACACGUUCGUCAAGGUUAUCAAGAUAUUACUUUCAAAGGUCGUAAUUUGGUAUAUUUUAAUACUGUUCAAGGCGCUCUCGAUUAUGCUGAUGAACGUAGCGGUUCCAACAGUAGCACUGGUUCAGUGUCUGGUUCUUGCAGUAAUCAUUCUGCCGAGGGUUCAUCACAAGGAGCUUUAAUAUUCCUUCACGCUGGAACAUACCGCGGUGAAUUUCUUGUUAUUGAUUCCGACAUUGCUUUAAUUGGUGCUGCCUCUGGAAAUGUUGCAGAGUCGGUUAUCCUUGAAAGAGAAUCUGAAUCAACUGUUAUGUUUGUAGAAGGUGCGAAGAACGCUUAUGCUGGCCAUUUAACUUUGAAGUUUUCUCCAGAUGUAACAUCGACUGUUCCACACCACAAACACUACUGUCUUGAAGUGGGUGAGAAUUGUAGUCCCACAAUCGAUCACUGUAUUAUUCGUAGCACGUCUGUAGUAGGAGCUGCUGUUUGUGUAAGUGGGGUAGGUGCUAAUCCAGUUAUAAGACAUUGUGAUAUUAGCGAUUGCGAAAACGUGGGCCUAUAUGUAACAGAUUAUGCACAAGGCACUUACGAGGAUAACGAAAUUAGUCGGAAUGCUUUAGCUGGUAUUUGGGUAAAGAAUUAUGCAAACCCUAUAAUGCGCCGGAACCACAUACACCACGGGCGAGAUGUUGGUAUAUUUACAUUCGAUAAUGGUCUUGGUUAUUUUGAAGCAAAUGAUAUUCACAAUAAUCGAAUAGCUGGUUUCGAAGUUAAAGCAGGUGCUAACCCUACUGUUGUACAUUGUGAAAUACAUCAUGGACAAACUGGAGGAAUAUACGUGCACGAAAACGGACUCGGACAGUUCAUCGACAAUAAAAUUCAUUCAAAUAAUUUUGCAGGCGUAUGGAUAACAUCAAAUAGUAAUCCUACCAUUCGCAGAAACGAAAUAUAUAACGGACACCAAGGUGGAGUUUAUAUAUUCGGAGAAGGCAGAGGUUUGAUUGAACAUAAUAAUAUUUACGGAAAUGCUCUCGCUGGAAUACAGAUUCGUACUAACAGUGAUCCAAUAGUAAGACACAACAAAAUACAUCACGGACAACAUGGAGGAAUUUAUGUACAUGAAAAGGGUCAAGGAUUAAUCGAAGAAAAUGAAGUAUAUGCAAACACUCUAGCCGGAGUUUGGAUAACUACUGGGAGUACACCUGUUCUAAGAAGGAAUAGAAUCCAUUCCGGCAAACAAGUAGGUGUUUACUUUUAUGACAACGGCCAUGGUAAAUUAGAAGAUAACGAUAUCUUUAACCAUCUUUACUCUGGUGUACAAAUUAGAACUGGAAGUAAUCCGGUCAUUAGAGGAAACAAAAUCUGGGGAGGGCAAAAUGGAGGUGUGCUAGUGUAUAAUGGAGGGCUUGGCUUGUUAGAACAAAAUGAAAUAUUUGACAAUGCCAUGGCAGGUGUUUGGAUUAAGACUGAUUCGAAUCCUACAUUAAAAAGAAAUAAGAUUUUCGAUGGACGUGACGGAGGUAUAUGUAUUUUUAAUGGAGGAAAGGGUAUAUUGGAAGAAAAUGAUAUAUUCCGAAACGCCCAAGCGGGUGUUUUAAUUUCUACUCAAAGUCAUCCCGUAUUGAAACGUAAUCGUAUCUUUGACGGUCUUGCAGCUGGUGUUGAAAUCACAAACAACGCUACAGCUACAUUAGAAUUUAAUCAAAUUUUUAACAAUAGAUUCGGUGGGUUGUGUUUAGCAAGCGGUGUACAGCCGAUCGUCCGCGGCAACAAGAUAUUCAACAAUCAAGACGCCGUCGAGAAAGCAGUGGCUAACGGACAGUGCUUGUACAAGAUCUCCAGUUAUACUUCAUUUCCGAUGCAUGACUUUUACAGAUGUCAGACGUGUAACACGACCGACAGAAACGCCAUCUGUGUGAACUGUAUUAAAACUUGCCAUGCUGGUCACGAUGUUGAAUUCAUUCGACACGACAGAUUUUUCUGUGAUUGUGGUGCCGGUACCCUCACUAAUCAGUGCCAGUUACAAGGUGAACCUACACAGGAUACGGACACCUUGUAUGAUUCGGCAGCACCUAUGGAGUCUCAUACACUUAUGGUUAAUUAGGGGCUCUUCUUAUAUUGGCCGCCUCCGUACUAUGUUAGUAUUUAGAACAUCAAGUGUUCAAAAAGUACUGAUUAUUAGUGUGUUUAUGACCGACGUUAUAAUUUAAUAAUUUUUUCAAGCCAUCAAUUUGAUUAUCUAUUUAGCUUCCUAUAUAUAACAUUAUACAUGUAGCAAUGCUUUGUAGAGGUGUAAAUAUUUUAGCUGUGCAAUUUAGAUAUAAAAAUAUGAUAUUUAUACAAAAUUAAGCUUUUUCGUGGGAUACAGAUUGUUUUAUUUAAAUGUGUAUCAUUUAACCAUGAGUAGAAUUAUUCUUGACACUUCUUUGUGGUAAUUUACACCAAAUACAUGUAGUGCAAAAUAUAUGAAACUAUAGUAAAACAUACUGACUUUCUAUCACCAGAAGUGUAGCGGAGAAUACCUACAGAGGUAACUAUUCGAAGUCACUAAUGGAAAUGUCAUUUAACUACACUUUUUCAGCUGCUAAAUACUUUAUAUUCAGAACAGUGACAUCUUCAGUUU